AUGGCCGGCACCGUUGAGGACAGCGGGAACACGGCGCCGUCGUCGCCGGCCGGGCUCCGCGGCGCCGACCUGGCCCUGAGGGUGCUUCUGUUCGCCGUCUCGUUGUCGGGGCUCGUCGUGCUGGUCACCGCCAAGCAGACGGAGAUGGUGCCCCUGGUCCUGACGCCGCCGUUCAGAUUCGGGCCGGUGCCCGCCCAGUUCAAAGACUCGCCAGCGCUCAUUUAUCUUCUUGUGGCGCUGUGCAUGACGAGCUUGUAUAGCCUUCUGACGGCCGCCACCUCGGUCAAGUCCAUGUCAAGUUCGGCUUCCUGUGCCAAGGGGAUCUUCGUCCUCAUUCUGCUUGAUGUGGUUUACGCGGGCAUCAUGGCGUCGGCGACGGGCACGGCGGGGGCCGUGGCCUGGGUGGGGCUGAAGGGCAACUCGCACACGCGGUGGAACAAGAUCUGCAACAUCUACGGCAAGUUCUGCCGGCACAUCGGCAGCGCCACCUGCCUCGGCCUCAUCGCCUCCAUCAUCCUCGUCCUCCUCGUCGUCCUCAACGCCUACUCCCUCUACCGGAGAAGCCGCUGA